AUGACGGAUGGCGGCCAGAGCAGCCAACUUGCUGCUCUGGAGAAAGUGUUGCUCGAUGAAACCGCGGAUCCAGUCAAUCUACCUUUCUCGCUGCUCAGCUCCAUCACAGGAAAUUUCUCUGAAGCUCAGGAAAUCGGCAGGGGCGGGUACGGAGCCGUUUACAGGGGAGUGCUUCCAAGUGGUCGCACUGUUGCGGUGAAGCAGCUCUUCGAGAGGUACGAGAUCUUGGACAAGAAUUUCGAGAGCGAGGUUACCUGUCUCGCGGGGGUCAAGCACAAGAAUACCGUGCGAUUUCUAGGGUACUGCUCUGAGACGCAGCAAGUACUGAUGCCAUACGACGGGAAGCGUGUCUUGGCAGAUGUGCGGCAUAGGCUGCUCUGCUUCGAGUACAUGCCCAGAGGGUGCCUUGCUGACUAUCUCUCCGUCUUCGCAGAUGCAUCUUGUCGACUUCAGUGGACCACACAUUACCAAAUAAUCAAGGGGAUCUGUGAGGGCGUACAUUAUCUUCACCAACAGCGUAUUAUUCACGUGGACCUAAAACCUCAGAAUGUACUAUUGGAUGAUAACAUGGUGCCCAGAAUUGCGGAUUUCGGUCUAUCACGGCGCUUAAGUGGAAGCCAGAGUCGGGCUAUUACUGAUCACAAGCUUGGGACAAUAUUACACCAAAAUUUUGUGCAGGGGAUAUAUGGCACCAGAAUUCCUAAUUAG